ACAUAGAGAUCUGUUGGUGAAACUGUGGGUCAUGACGUCGUGGGGGUAAAUGUCAUACUAAACGAAGAAUGACAAUAACAUAGUUCUUGAAAAAGUGACAAUUUGUUCCAUGUAACAAGAUGUCUAAUCCGGUGGCGAAUGUGCCUGUCUCUCAAAUUUUGAAGAACAAAAGCUUGUUUGAAGAUGAACCUAAAAAGAAAAGCAGAGAAGAUUGGAGAAAGGCGAAGGAGUUGGAGGAAGCCAGGAAAGCCGGAACUGCUCCAGCUGCCGUUGACGAAGAGGGAAAGGACAUAAACCCUCACAUUCCACAGUACAUCAGUACAACUCCGUGGUAUUUUGGGGCAUCGGGCCCGACAUUAAAGCAUCAGAGACCCCAGCCAGAAAAGCAGAAAGAAUUCAGUCGCAUCGACGAGUGGUACAUCCGAGGAACUCAGUCAACUCGAGCAACCCGAUUUCGCAAAGGUGCCUGCGAAAAUUGUGGAGCGAUGGGUCACAAACGCAAGGAUUGCUUCGAGAAACAGAGGAAGGUUCUCGCGAAAUACUCGCAAACUAAUAUUGCCCCUGAUGAUGUGAAACAGCCUAAUCUUGACCUCGAUUACGACGCGAAGCGGGACAGAUGGGCUGGAUAUGAUCCGGCGGAGCAUCGAGAGAUCGUCGAGGAGUAUCAUAAAGUUGAGGAAGCGAAAAAGGAAAUGAGAGCGAAGAAGUUGAACGAGGGAGAAGUGAGUGAACAGGAUUCGGACAAGGACGAGGACAAAUACGUCGAUGAAGUCGACAUGCCCGGUACCAAAGUCGACUCCAAACAAAGAAUUACUGUGAGGAACUUGAGGAUACGAGAAGAUACGGCUAAAUACCUCCGUAAUCUGGACCCCAAUUCGGCUUACUAUGAUCCCAAAACCAGAUCUAUGAGAGAUAAUCCCUACGCUGGAACCAACAGAGAGGUGGACUACCAAGGUGAAAACUUUGCUCGUUUUUCCGGAGACACUCAAGAGCACGCAAAUGCCCAAAUAUUUGCCUGGGACGCUUCACACCGUGGCUUGGAUGUCCAUCUUCUAGCCGAGCCCACCAAACUCGAACUCUUGAAAAAGGAGUACGAUAAAAAUAAAGUCGCACUCAAAAAUAACGCUAGGGACAGUAUUAUAAAAACUUACGGAGGCGAGGAACACCUCAAUGUUCCACCUGCUCCUCUCCUAUUGGCCCAGACGGAAGAAUACAUCGUUUAUUCACGAGACGGAAAAAUUCUUCGAGGUCAAGAACGUCCCGUCAUUCGUUCAAAAUACGAAGAGGACGUUUUCCCAAAUAAUCACAGAUCCGUCUGGGGAUCUUAUUGGCAGGCGGGACAGUGGGGAUACAAAUGUUGUCACGCCUUCAUUAAAAAUUCCUACUGCACCGGAGAAUCCGGAAGACAAGCGGCCGAAAUGGCGAGUGCUGCUGUUGAAGACAAAGAAGUUUCCCAACAUGUGGUCAGAGAAGAAGAGAAGGAGGAGAGCGAUGGGGAAAAAGUCAGCGACAAUAGAACUAGUGAAAGGGAUUCCUCGUCAAGCAGCAGUGACGAUUCUUCGGAUAAUGAUAAGAGGACGAAAACUGAGAGGAAGAUUAAUAAGGAGAAGAGAAGGAGCAAAAAGAAGAGGCGUAAGGAAAAGUUGAGGAACAAAAAGAGGGACAAAGAGACUGAUAAAUUGCAAGAGGCUCUCAAGAAGGAGGAACAACGGUUGAAGGAAGCUGAAUUGUUGUUGAAAUUGGGAGACAGGAAGAGAGCUUAUCACAGCAUGUAUGAGGUUAAAGAACCCACGGCUGAAGAAACUGAAGCCUAUAAAAUUAAAAGAGCCCGUGAAGAGGAUCCGAUGGCACAUUUUGCAGAUUGAGAAUUAUUUAUUCUUCAUUCAUAUUUUUAUUAUGUUAUCUGCAUAUGCUAGUUCUAGAGGCAAUAGAAAUAUUAGUAUUGUGGUACUAAUAAAUUAGUUGUUAAUUAUAAAUGUAAUAAAUUUAGAGUUCUUGA